GCUAUUCAUUAUGUUUUUUUCAGUGGAUUCUAGGUGGGUGUGAACUCAGAAUGAUAUUUGGAGUGAUGGGUGUUUGUUUAUAUGCUUUGAUGACAACAUGGUGUGGUUUUUGUUGGAUUUUAGUUUUCAGUUUGCUUUUGUUGUGUUGCCUUCACUAUCCUUUGUUUCUGGCUGUGGUUAUGUUUGAGGAAAAGCUCUGUUUCUGUUGUAGAAGCUAGCUGGUUCCUGCAUGAAUUCUGUUCCUCCUUAUUUCAUGUGGUAAUUGAUUUGUUUUGUUUAGGGUAAAAUUUAAAUCAUUUCAAUCUGUCUGAGAAGUUAUGGAGCUUUGUCUCCCUUUAAAAUUGUUGGACUUGACCGGUUUUCUAUUGGGAUUAUGGUAGGAAGAAGAACUCCUCUGAUAAUCCAAAACCCAUUCGAAAUUUUUUAUUCUGGAUAUUUUUAGAUGGAUAUUUUACAUCCCUUUAAUCAGGUUAAUUCACGAUCCUAUGCGCUUACUGUAAAUUUUGUUGAAAUUCUUCAUUAUUCGAUUACAAGAGAUAGUUGACUAUAUAGUUGACCUUAUGUUCACAGCUCUAACUUCUUGUGUUCAUUGUAAGACCUCAUUUAAAUUUCCUUUCUUUCUUGGGUAAUUAUUUGUUUUCUGAUUUGAAAUGUGUUUAUAUCUGCUUGAAAUCCAAUCCAGAUGCUUUGUCACUAGUUUACUUUAAUGGGGGGUUCUUUUUAUGUUUUCUUGUUCAUAUUGUUUUCUGAGUCAAAUUUUUCAAAAGGCAUUUCUUGAUGUCCAUAAUAAUGUUAUGAAACUACCUUGUGACAUGAAGUUUGAUUAUAUUUUGGUACCUUUUCUUCUAUCUUGUUGGAGUUUGCCAUUCCUUAUCUCUCUCAGAUUUACCAUUUGGCUUUUCUUAGGCAUAUAAUAUCGAGCAUGUGGUGUUAGCUGCUUACAUUUGUUGUCAAUUUUAUGACUCAUUUUGUUAACUUCAUCUGUGACUAAAAUGACCCUUCUGAAGCUCUAUACUUGGUGCAGAAGCAUAGUGAAAGUUUGUAGUGAAAGAGAAAGCAUGUCAAGUGGAACGACAUACUGGUGUUAUACAUGCAGGCAGCCAAUCUGGCUUGAAUGGAGAGAUGCAAUUUGCCCUUACUGCGAUGGAGGCUUUGUGCAAGAACUUUACGAGCUGCUGCGAGCAGUUUCAAGGCAACAAGGGUUUUCAUCACAAAGGGAAGAUUUUCAUCACGUCCCUGACAUUAUGGAUGCUGUAAGACAUGUUAUGGAGCAAAGAGGUUCCGAGCCAAGAGUUGGAGUUAGAGAUGGUGUUGACAAUUUCAUGAGGCAGAGAAUGGCUGGAAGCUACACAAACUUUGAUGUCAGAAGGAGGUUUGGCAACACCCCUCUUCCUGAUCAGACUUGGGGGGUCUAUACCUCUGGUCCUUAUCUCAUAUUUCAUGGUCAACCUCCAGGGUUCACUGUCUCUAACAACAGUGGCUCAAGAAGUGGUUCUGGGCAUGUUGAUUUUGGUCACUACUUUCUUGGUCCUAGACUUGAAGGACUCAUUGAGCAGCACAUAACAAAUGACCGGCUUGGUCCACCUCCUGCAUCACGCUCUUCUAUUGAUGCAAUGCCAACAAUUAAGAUCACAAAUGAACACCUCCAAUCUGAUUCUCACUGUGCAGUUUGUAAGGAAAGGUUUGAACUGAGUUCUGAGGCCAGGAAAAUGCCAUGUAGCCACAUUUACCACUCAGACUGCAUUGUUCCAUGGUUGGUCCAGCACAAUUCCUGUCCAGUUUGCCGUGUUGAGCUGCCAUCUCAAGGACACUCCAGUUCCCGAAGUAGUCGAAUUAGGGGAGGAAGGAAUGGUAGUGACAGUGGCAGUGGCACUGACAAUAUCUCAAGGAGAAGAGGAAACAGAGAGAUGACCAGUGGAAGGAGGAAUCUGCUAUCAUAUUUGUGGCCAUUUCGAACUUCUAGUUCAAAUACUUGAUCAUUGUACUUAGACUGGGGAACCUACUCCUCUACAAGUCUUUGGCCUGUUCCAGAAGUAAUCUGAAACUUUCGUUUCUUCUUCAACACAAGUGUAAUUAGCUGUCACAUAAUGAUUAUGUUUCUGAAGAUUGUGCUUUGAACUUGAUCUCAUUGAUGCUAGAUCGUAGAAAUAUGUGAAACUCUUUGUAUAUUCUUGGAAGCAAUUUUCGUUUUAUAGUUUCAGUUG